ACCCACCACCAUAGGAUUCAUUCAUUUAGUCAUUCCGUUUGCAACACAUCGAAAUAUCCAUUUCCGACCUUACAAAGUAUAUAUAUUCUUGAUCGUCAUAAAAAUCUAAGACGAUCUAGCCAUGUCCGUCCGUCUGUCUGUUGAGAACACGAUACAGUCUUUAAAAAUUGAGAUAUUGAGCUGAAAUUUUGCACAGACUCGUAUUUCUUCUAUACGCAGGUUAAGUUCUUGAAUGGGCAAAAUCUGACGAUAUUUGGAUAUAGCUGCCAUAUAGACCGAUUUAGGGUCUUCAGGCCAUAAAGACCGCAGUUUUUGUACGAUGUCGAUGAAAUUUGAAGCAAUGAGUUGUACUUAGAGCCACGACAUCCAAAGUUCGGCACGGCCGAACUUAAUGCGUUUUUACUUGUUUCUCAUUCUUUUGAAAUUUAUAGGGAGAUUGGAGCAGAGUUUUAAAAGGAGACGUCCACGAGUUUACAAAGAAAGAGUUGAUCCAUUUUCUAUUCCGGACCAUCACUUUAAAGCCAAAUAUCGGUUUAAGAAAUCAACGGCAAAAAAAAUUAUUGGUCUAAUAAAAAAUGAUAUUGAAUUAAGCAAAAGAGGGCACGGGACUCCGGCGGAACUACAAGUUAUGAUUGCUUUGCGUUGUUGGGGUCGCAGAGAGGUUCAAGAUGAUGCGGGAGAUUUGCACGGAUUAGCCCAACCAACGGUUUCAAAAAUAUGCAAUAGAGUUGCUCGCGCUUUGGCUCGUCAUGGUAUGGAAUACAUAAACAUGCCGACAUCUCUCGAAGAGCAAGCCGUAAUAAUGAGAGAUUUUAAGGCCAUUAGAAACUUUCCGGGCGUUAUUGGAGCAAUUGAUGGAACUCAUGUUAAAAUAAAAAAAACUGGUGGAGAUCUUGCCCAAUAUUAUAUAAACCGGAAAGGAUUCUAUUCACUGAAUGUACAGGUGUGAGGUGAUUUACUAAUCGAAGGAGCAUAAUAAAAAAUUAGAAUUUCA